AUGUUACCCCGCAGCACUGCAUCAUGGGGCCGGUCAGCCCCCGGUAACGGCCCGAACCCCCCCGCACCCAUUAGUUAUAAUUACAACCACCAACGGCCGUCACACGGCGACAGCUUAUAUGGACCUGGACUAGAGAGGCUGCCUGCAUAUGAGUGGAAGCCCAUGCCACCGUCUCCGGUGCCCUCUCCCUCUCUUCCUCCUCCUCCUCCUCCUCACAUACGUGCCAUGCUCAAUGGGCGCAAGAGACAAGCUGAUGACUACAGCCCCCAUCUUGUGAAGCGCCAGCGUUUUGAUUCUGCCUCCCACACACCUCACACCCACCAGCCCCAUCCUCAGGUUCCUGCUAACCUGAAAGAUCCAGCAGCUUACAGGCCUACGCUCAAGACAAGCUGGAGUACCCAGAUUGUGGAGCUGUUUGAGGCAUGCCAGCAGCAGUCUUCUGAUUUGACACGAAGGAAGUGUGCGAACUCGCUGCAGAGAGACAUACAGCUUUACUAUCCAGAUGCAAGACUUUACUUGACUGGAUCGUCUAUGAAUGGUUUGGGCUGCCGGAGUAGCGAUGCAGAUAUGUGUCUUGUCAUGAGUAGAAAUAGAAGAGGUGAUGCAAUUCAUAUACUUUCUACCCUCCAAAGGUUAUUCAGAUCCCUCUCGUAUGUGGACAAUCCUCAACUAAUCAGAGCCAAGGUGCCGAUUCUCAGGUUCAGAGAGAAGGGCAGUGAUCUGGAGUUUGACCUGAAUAUCAACAACACAGUGGGAAUCAGAAAUACAUUCCUUCUAAGGAGUUAUGCCUACGCCGAUCUCAGGAUAAGACCCAUCAUCCUUGUAAUCAAGAAAUGGGCACGGCACAGUCAAAUCAACGACGCCAGUAAAGGGACGUUAAGCAGCUACACACUAGUGCUCAUGGUGCUGCACUACCUCCAGACUCUAAAUGAACCCGUUCUUCCUUCUCUACAAAAGGACUACCCAGAGUGCUUUAGUCCCUUUAUGGAACUUGACCUGGUGCCAGAGGGAUCCAAACACAUCCCACCCUACAUCUCAAGAAACCAGUCCUCUCUGGGAGACCUCUUACUGGGCUUUCUCAAAUACUAUGCCAUAGACUUCAGAUGGGAUAGUCAUGUAAUCUCAGUCCGAGAGGCCAGAGCUCUGCCAAAGAACAAUUCCCACCUGUGGAGAAACAAGUACAUAUGUGUGGAAGAGCCAUUCGAAAACAAUAAUGUCGCCAGAGCUGUUCACGAGAAGAGCAAAUUUGAGACCAUUAAAUUUCAGUUUGCUGAGUCAUAUCGCAAACUAGAGCAGAAGAAGGACCUGGACUCCAUCCUCCCGGUCAGAACCGUCAUUAAUGAGGAAUCAUCAAGGAGAUAAAGGGAUUCCUCCGAUUAGACAAGCUGACCAGAGUCUUCUACCUCAAGACAGCCCUGAGCCCAGACAUGACGUGAGACCUUUAGGAUGGAUGAGCUGAAAGAGGAACGCCGCUGCCUCCUGAUGUCACAUCCUCUCAGCCUCUGGGACUCUGAACUCUCUGGCUGUCACUCAGAACCGCUUUGUCUUGUAGCUGUUCAUGUUAAACAUACAGUGCUCACUGUCAAAUGCUUUUGCUGCCUUUGUUCAAUUUAUUUAAGUGAAAAUACUGCAGUCGGGAGUGGAGGGAAGAAAUGUUUUAUUUGUCAAGUGAGGACUCUGAGAUGAAAAGUCACUUUAACUGGUGACUAAAGGAGGAUAAUUAUGCUCCGUGUUAUUGGAUUCUUGGAGGGUAAAGUAAGCAAGGACACAAUAUAAUACAAACUGCUUCUAUUGAAAUGUAGAAAGUAACAGGCUUUAGAUUUGCUGGUAUCAGCCAAAUUUAUCUCGUCUAAUCUGAGUUUUAUGUACAUCCAUUUUGAAGGGCCCAUGCUGCAGUGUCAUUGUCCUUUUGGCAUAAGUCAGUUAGUUACUGCACUAUGUACAUGUGUGUGUAUAUAUAAUGUACUAAGCCUGUUUGGACCAACUUGCAACAUCAAAGCCUUUUUUUUUCUAUUUUUCUAGGUCAGUAGUGACGUUAUUGUGGGUUAAACACUACGGACACUUUGUUUUCUACGGCUGCAUAUAAGGCCCUCUCCUUUUUCAUUCUCUCCACGUUUAUGUUUUAGCUCUGGGAUUGAGUGACAUUAAUGUUCUGAUGUGCUUAUUAGAGGGGUGCAAAAAAGGUCAACUCUGAACAUCUUUCCUUACUCAUUGUUCCUAGUGUGUUAUUUUCCCUUGACUAGUGCCAAGAUUAUUCUCAUUUUAGGUGCUAAGGCCAGCACCUGCUUGAUUAAUUUGGCUGAAAAAAUGAUGUAUUAUUUGCAUUCACUUAAUACACAGAGUUAUUUAAAUCAGACUUGAGUAUGAAUUUCUUUUUCCUUUGCCCUUUUUGUACAUUUUGUACAGUACUGAUUCUUAAAUCUGUAUUGAAAGAAAUUAAAUCUUUUGAAGAUGUA